GUCUCGGCGCCAGUGUCUAUUAAUGAAGCAAGGAGUGGGGAGCGUUCAGGGUGCUGUCCGCAAUGCAGGUGCUGAAAUUAAAGUAUCCGCCUUAUUCACGUCCGGCUCGUUAUAGCUAUGUAGCUAGAGGAUAUUGUCUUGGGUUCUUCUGUGUUGUGGUUGUUUAGUUUUUUUUUUAUUGCGUCGUUCAUGUUGUAAUUAGUUGAAUGCUUUUGUAGGCUGUUUUAGGGUCUGCUUUCAGUUUCAAAACAUAGUAUACAUCUUGCUCCACACCGCAAGUCAAUAACUUAGUAGAAGAUGCAUCGAUUAGAUCUAACUGGUAUCCCUUGAACACUGGAGUUAAUUUAGAUUGUUUAGAGACCAAAUCCAAUUUGGUGGAUAUCUAUUAUGCAAAUAUUAUCCUGUUUGGACGACAGGAGAAGCACAAGCUAAAGCUUGUUGUGGCUCAGGAUGGGGAGCUAGUGUGUCAUGCUGCUGCAGUUCAUGGAUUAUUUAUGUGCCCUGUGUGAGGAAAUGCUGGUUGUGUAUUAUGAAGGAAAGGAAAGAGAGGGUGCACAGUGGGGUUACAAACAAAAAAUAAGAUAAGCUUUUCCCUCAUAAAAAAACACCCUCCUGAUUCCGGAAAUGAUUCUAAGGGGACCUAAAUCAAUUCAUGGACCAACAGAAGACAUUUAUUUUGUUAGGUUAAUUGUGCUAAUGGACAGUUAUUGAGUGAAUGGGGUGGAGAGAUGUUGUCAUCGUUCUCGGAGGGAGACACUCCUCCGUCAGGCUGUGGAUUAUCCCUCAAGCCGUUGGGAUGGAUAUGGAUAUGGAUGUGGAUGUGUUGAGGCGUCUCUGCAUUUUUGACUUAGGAGAGAGGGUUGACUUAAGGGUGAGGAUUACGUUUAAUUUUAGUUAUACACUAUAACUCACUACAGGUGAGGGUAUUUUGUAGCCAAUAACUAAAUACUAAUGAGAUUCAGGAAAACAAGAUUUAACUGUGAGAGGUGCGUCCGAGAAAGCGGGUGACGCAGGAUCUAUUAUUGAUGAGCACCAGCUGAUGAUGUAAGCGAGAGAAGCUCUAGGAUGUUUUAUUGAAGCACACUCAUGCAUCGUUCAGAGGAGAGCAGAAGAGGAGAGGAGUAAACAGGAGGAUAAGGAGGGCCAGUGCGUGGGCCCAAGCACAGCCGGCCAUGGCGUCCGCUAACGUCAGCCUGGAGAACCAGCUGCAGAGCGCCCAGAAGAACCUGCUCUUCCUCCAGCAGGACCAUGCCACCACGCUGAAGGGGCUCCACGCCGAGAUCAAAAGACUACAGCAGCACUGUACAGACCUGACAUACGAGCUGACUGUGAGGAGCUCUGACCCUUCAGACAGCAGCGAGGUGCGUGGCAGGGAGCUCCAGAGGAGGUGCGAGGAGCUGGAGGGCGAGCUGAAGCAGAAAGAGGUGGAGAACCGGGAGCUGCUGCGCGACCUGGAGCAGAAGAACGCCAUGAUCUGCGUGCUGGAGAACACCAUCAAGGAGCGCGAGAAGAAGUACCUGGAGGAGCUGAAGAUCAAGAGCCACAAGCUGGCGCUGCUGUCCGGGGAGCUGGAGCAGCGGGCCGGCACCAUCGCCUACCUCACCUCCCAGCUGCACUCCACCAAGAAGAAGCUGCUGGCCGGCAGCUCCUCGGAGGCCAGCCCCAACAGCAGCCCCGUGGCCUCCUGCUACAAGCCCACGCCCCCGCCCGCCCCCGCCUCCGCCUCCGCCAAGGAGCGCCACGCCCCCGACACGCCCCGCCGCCGCAUGAAGAAGAGCCUCUCGCAGCCGCUGCACCCCGAGGUGACGGAGGUGUACCGCCUGGGCCAGGACGGCUCCCGGCGGCCCGUCCUCCGGGAGGCCGUGGACGCCAUGCCGGACCCCACCCCCUUCCUGCGGGCGGCGCGGGAGCCCCUGGAGCCACAGAUGAUGCGGGAGCGGCCGGCGCUCAUCCCGCCCAUCGCGUCCGAGCGGCCGCCGAGCGGCAGCAGCCCGCGCCACAGCCCCGCCCGGCAGCACCGGGUGCACGUGGGCGUGGCGCACCGCAUCCCCCACGGAGCCCCGCCCCCGGCGCCGCCGCCGCCGCCGCAGGUGGAGCUGGAGACACUGGCUGUGGACCAGGUCAACGGGGGCAAGGUGGUACGCAAGCGCUCGGAGACCGACCGGACAGUCUGACGCGCUCGCACGCAGACACACGUACACACAUACAGCCACACGCACACACCGCACACACACGUGAACUAACUCAGUCAAAUGCACAUAGUAGCACACAUGGACACACACACACACAAAUGCACAUACGGACACAUACACACACAAACUUUGGGACACACACACAAGCACACACACACUGACUGACUGACAGUCGCUACAAUAUAUAUACAGACACACUAACUGUCACACAGACACACACACACUGAAGCAACAACAGAAUAAAUGCACACACACGCGCGAUGAGAGCAGCAAGGAGCCUGACCCACUGUGCAGCCUGCUUUUUAUGCAACACUAGAAUUAAAAUGGAAAAAAAAAAGCAUUAUCGAACCUUUAUAUGAAUACCACUUUUUUAACGUAGUGAAGGACAUCUUUAAAGCAUGCCAAAUGUUUCCCCCUAGACCCAGGUAACUCAUCCCUCUUUAUUCGUUUCCCUCCUUGACAUUCAACACUGUCUUCGCACAUACAAUAAUUACUCCGCCAAAUACCUGCGUUAGUGCCUGCUGAAUUGGGUCAACCAUACAGAAAACGGUGAUGAAUCGAUCAAAUAUCUGUCUUCUUCCUUGUGGACUACAGUCUCUCCGUAACGUAGUCUGUAUAUAUUCAAGUAUUUUCAGCUGCAUCUCUAGGGUAGAACUCGCAGAAUUAAACUAGUACUCACAACAUAAAGGUCAUCAUCAUAUCGGUAUAGUCAUACUACUGUAGGAUCGCAAUAUGUGCAAUGUAAUAUCCUGUAAUAUGUUAAACAAGGCGGAAUUUACCCUUCUUUUUUUUCGUUGGCAAAGAUAUUGGAGGUAUGGAUGUUGAAAAGUACAGUUUAACUUGUGCUUCAACAUGUGUCCUGGGCCUGUGUGGCUAGGGACGUUUGAAUGUGGGAGGGGGAAGAGAGAGAGAGAUAGAGAGUGAGAGAUGGUUAAGAUAAGAACUGAAGUCUCUGAGACAGAUUUUUUAUCAACAAUGUUCAUGUUUGAUGUAAGGUUGUUUUAUGUUGUUGCAGAUACUCCUGAUAUUAGCUGUAUAACAUAUAUACAUUGGUAAUAAAAAACAUUAAUUUUACGUAGACGGUCAAAACAAUACGUCCGAUAAUAAAAAGCAGUAGUAGCACAUUCGAACAGCUAAUUGUUUAAUUGGUUGAACUUUCCUUUGACAAACAAUAGUAUAUAAACAGUAUAUAUAUACAUCUCUGAGGCAAACCUGUUGUGAUGUAUGUGUCCUCUGCUCAGAUUGCUUACAUAUUAUCUAGAUAUUUCGUCGAUCUAUAAACAUUAAGAAAUGCCAAUAUAUAUCCUCAACAUGUAUCAGCUCAUUGGAAUAUUUCUUCAAUGCUGUUUGUGCUUUAAAUAAUCGACAGAUGAAUCAAAAACGAUGCUAUUCUGUCAACAUUCAUACCGCGCACACAUGGUUUGUUGUGUUUUUAAUGUUUUAGUCCUGGAAGUAUUUAAUGCACUUUUCCUAUUUACAUGGAGAAACUAUGACUAUUCUGACUAUCUUUCUAUUCAGGAAUGAAUGAUAUAUGAUAGAUCUGUCUGAUGUUGUAUUUUCUGCUUCUUACAUUCUUCUUCCUAUGCUAAGUUGAUUAAUUAAUUAAUUAAUUAAUUAAUUAAUUAAUUAAACCUCACCCACACACCUACAACUACAUUGGCAGAGCUGGCCAGUGUUAAACUUGCAGUAGCGUGAAAAAUAUCAAUUUAUAGAUCGCUUUAAGCUGUUUUAACCUAAUAAAAGAUGUCAAACCUG